AUGGAAAACCCUUCUGAUAAUAAAACUUCUCUUCUUUGUUAUGAAGAAAUCAUUGAUUCUCCAACAGUAUUAAAACGAAAUGAGAGUGUCAAAGGUCAAGGGAGUUGUUUAAAAUUGUCAAAUAUUAAGAGUAAUAAUGUUAUUAAAAAUUAUUUAUCAGAUGAUAAAAAUCGUCGACUUGUACUGGGACAGAUUCCAAAAAAGGAAAAUAAUGAAAGAUUGAAAGAAAAUCUUGAAAUACUCAACAAACAACAAAUCCCAUCGGUCAUGCCAUCAAUUGAUAAAACUAUUCAUUUCGAAAAUGAUACUUUUUGCUAUCUAUUAAAGCUUGAACGUGUGCAGCCGCGUGCAAACGCAUUUCAUUUUCGAAAUUUGCAACAGACAGUAACAGUAAAAGCCCGACAACAAACAAUCCGUUGGAUUAUUGAUGUAUGUAAUGAAGAACUAAGUGGUAUUCCAACGUUAUUUGCUGCAAUAUCAAUUAUGGAUCGUUUUUUAUCACUUGAAAAAUUAUCACUAAACAAAUUACAAGUAAUGGCGAGUGGUUGCUUAUCAAUUGCUGCAAAAUUACGUGAUCCAAAUUUUAUAACACCAUCACAAAUUAUUUAUUAUACUGAUUAUAGUAUUAACCAAUUACAACUUCUUAUUUUAUGUGAAUAUAAUAUUUUCAUUAAUCAUUCCCAAAUAUUUGGUUAUGAUAGUAUAAAUGCAAGUAGAGUGCAAGUUGUUUCUCUUUCAUCCAUCCAUUUGCUUAUAUCCAUCGAUAUAAGCAAUUCAUUGAAAAUGAAGUCUGGAUGGCCGUCGAAGAUCGGAAAUAUUCAGUCGUAA